ACCACCACCUUCCCAAGUCUAUCCACAACCACCACCCCCCAUUCAGCCGUCCUGUCUCCUCCUCAACCCUGAGCCACCACAGCAGCAGCCCUUCGGCUGGAAGCUGCGCAGUGGCAGCAGCAGCAGACAAUGUUCGUGCGGGACGGCACCACUGCUCUGCGCGAGACCACGGCAAACUUUUGCUGCUAAGAGGACUUUUUUUGUGCGCACUGCGAGCAAACAGCGGCGCACAAGUUUUUUUGUUUUCUUUUAAUCUUUCCGUCCGGGUGGUUAGGAGUGAUUUAAAAGAAAAUAAUUAUAUUUUUUGCCAGCUGAUAUUUUUUUUUUAGAUUGUAGUUGUUUCAAAACUGUUUGGACAUUGGUCGGUUUUAUUUAUUUAUUUAGUAUUUCUUUUUAUCUAUAUAAACAGUAGACAUUUAAUUUAUACAAGUCACUCUCUCGCUCGAUCCAUCGCGGCAAUGAUCAGGAUUUUCCCAGACUUUGGCUUUCAAGCCACGAUGGAAGGCGGUGGUGGGUCGGCUCCGGGCGCUACUGGCCCGGCCAGAGUGGUGGACUCUGGCAACGGAGCGCCUCCCAACGUGCUCGGCUUGCCCUCCUACCAGCAGAGAUUUUUGAGAUUUGAAAAGGGACAAUGGCACGUGAUGGGGCAAAAGGUUCCCAGGCUUCAGGCGCUGCGCAAGGAGAAGUCACGGGAUGCGGCUCGGUCGCGGCGCGGGAAGGAGAACUUCGAGUUCUAUGAGCUCGCCAAGAUGCUGCCUCUUCCCGGGGCCAUCACGAGCCAGCUUGACAAGGCCUCAAUAAUCCGACUCACCAUCAGCUACCUGAAGAUGCGAGACUUUGCCGCGCAUGGAGACCCACCCUGGCACCUGCACAUGGACGGCCCUCCGCCCAACACCUCCGUCAAAGCGAUAGGGCAGAAGAGGAGAAGCUCCAGUGCCCUGGCCAUGGAAGUGUUUGAGCAUCAUCUCGGCAGCCAAAUCCUCCAGUCUCUGGAUGGUUUCGUGUUUGUGCUGAAUUUCGAUGGGAGGUUCCUUUACAUAUCAGAGACGGUGUCCAUAUACCUGGGACUCUCUCAGGUGGAGAUGGCUGGGAGCAGCGCCUUCGAUUACGUGCACCCAGCGGACCACUCCGAGCUGGCCGAGCAGCUGGGGAUGAAACUGCCUCCGGGGAGGAAUGCCUCCCUGCAGGCGGCCGCGGAGGACGGCGCCAGCUCAGCCUCCUCCUCGCAAGCAGAGACGCCAGAGCCGAUGGAGCCCACCACGCCCACCAUGCUCAACCCAGACGAGUCGCUGAAUCGCUCCUUCUUCAUCCGCAUGAAGUCCACUCUGACCAAGCGUGGGGUGCACAUCAAGUCCUCGGGGUACAAGGUGAUACACCUGACAGGGAGGCUGCGGGUGCGUUCCGCGCUGCCCUACGGCAUGAGCGCGCCGACGCAGAUCAUGGGCAUGGUGGCCUUGGCGCACGCCCUGCCGCCACCCACCAUGAACGAGAUACGCAUCGACUGCCAGAUGUUCGUCACCCGAGUCAACAUGGAUCUCAAGAUCGUCUACUGUGAGAACAGGAUAAGUGAUUACAUGGACCUGGCGCCGGCCGACCUGGUGGGGAGGAGCUGCUACCACUUCAUUCACGCCGAGGACGUGGAGGGGAUUCGCCAGAACCACAUCGACAUGCUGAACAAGGGGCAGUGUGUUACCAAGUACUACCGCUGGAUGCAAAAAAGUGGCGGUUACGUUUGGAUACAAUCAAGCGCUACGAUCGCCAUCAACACAAAGAACAUCAAUGAGAAAACCAUUGUAUGGAUCAACUAUGUUCUCAGUGACCCCGAGUACAAGGACUGCCCCAUGGACGUGCAGCAACUGCCACACCUCUACAAGAAAUCCUCAGAGUCUUCGGAAACAUCUGAUUCUGACUCAGACUCCAAGGGGAAUUCAGAUGAUCGCGACAGCCCCAAGCCCAAUCAGCGGCACGGUCAGUCCCGCAGCGGCGACAGCUGGGACCCGGAGGGAACCAGGAGUGGCGGGCGGCGCUCGGGAGCCAACAUGCACCACGAGGAGGGCAGCUCCAGCAGCCUGGGGGAGGAGGAAGAGGAGGAGGAGGAAGAAGAAGAAGAGGAGGAAGUGGAGGAAGAGGAGGGGGAGGAGAGCAGUGAGGAGAAGAGCUCGGAGAGCUCUUACUGCGAGGAACAAGGCUACGGCGCCAAUGAGCGCUGCGUGUCUUUGCGUUCCGGCGGCGUCAAAGUCGAAGAGUUCGGCCUGCGACGGCCGGAUGUGGUGGGCAUCGUUGGCCGGGAAGGCAUGGAUGGUUAUGACGGCACCGGGCAGACAAACGCACAGCAGUCCACAAAGCGCCCUAAGAGGAAAAAGCACAAGAGACAACGACCAAAUUGCACUCCUCUGCAAAGCUUACCCAGUCCCCGUGAAGAGGAGAUGGAUAGCAGACGGUAUUCCAGACACUCAGCCUCGUCACACAAUCAGGUGAAAAUGGAAGAGUCUAUUAACUUCGAAGACAGCAGCAUUUGGGACUACCCUCCUAACAGGGAGAUUUCACGGAACGAGUUGCCCUACAGCAUGACCGGUCCCUCCCAGGCAAAGCACUACUCUUCUGGCCACGGGGCGCAGUCGAGUUUGCACGUGGCCAUCCCCGACUCGGUUCUGACCCCGCCGGGCCCCGACAGCGCCACGAGUCAGAAGUCCGUGUUCACAGCCUCCCCGAACCCCGCCGCACCCAACUCCGCGAGCACUUUACUGGCGUCCGACCCCCUGUCCCCUCCGCUGUCGGCCUCGCCGCGCGACGGCAAAGUGGGCCAGGCGGUGAGCGUCAGCCCGUCGGGCCUCUACGACGUCGACGCCCUGCAGCGGCUGCACGCCGGCGGCGCCCCGGGCGGCGGCGGCGCCGGGGCGGCGGGGGCGGGGGGGGCGGCUUCGAGCGACGGCGACGCGAGCCCCCCCGCACAGCGCCUCUACACGACGGGCGCCAUCCGCUACGCGCCGGCCGACUCGGCCUCCUCGUUCGCCGGGGACGGCGGGGCCCAACUGGGCACGCAGCCCAGCAUGGGGCUGGCGGGGUGCGGCGGCGGCGGCGGCGGCGGCGGCGUUGGGUACCACGGACUUGACGGCAAGACGCCCAUGGAGGUGCUUUACCAGCGCAUGCAGCAGAUGGGGGUGCCCACGCCGUUUGCCGGGUCGGUGGCGGGCGGCGGGCUCUCUCACCUGUCGGCGGGAGCGGUGUUUACGACCGCGGAUGGCUACCUGGCCACGAUUCCCUUCUCGCUCUACAGCAAUGGCUCGCAGCCCCCACAGACGCCAGACCAGGAUGAUGACUAACCAAACGGCUACCGUACUAUAAUAAUACCGUCGGUUCCGACUUUCGAAAGCACUUUGCCCUUCCCCCCCCCCCCCCUGUUGUCCUUCUGUACAAAACUAGAGGCCAGGAUAACCACGUCGUAGUGAUUCGUACCGCUUUGAAAAGCCAAUGUUUUGUUUUGUUUCGAGCAGACUGUGUGUAUUAAUAUGCAGCUCAGUGUCUCCAUCAGAGUAAAUGUGCCAUAAUUGACUUUUUAACUUUUGAGCGAUAAACGCACCAACUGUUACAUUAAUGUGCUGUUCGUUUGUUGCAAAUUUGUUUAAUGUAAAAAGAAAAGACUUUUGUCAUAUGUAUACACUAAUUAAUAAAUAGACUCAUGAUUUAAGAA